AUGCCCAUGUGUAGAGAAGAGGAAUUCAGUGACCUUUUUGAUGAGCCAAAUUUUGUAUCAUCUUAUGACAUUGGGAACUUUACUUACUUCUUCUUCCGGGAGAAUGCGGUGGAACAUGACUGUGGGAAAACGGUAUUCUCUCGUGCUGCUCGGGUGUGCAAAAAUGAUAUUGGUGGCAAAUUUGUGCUGGAGGAUACCUGGACUACCUUCAUGAAAGCUCGUCUGAACUGCUCUCGCCCUGGAGAAAUUCCAUUUUACUAUAAUGAACUUCAGAGCACUUUCUUCCUGCCGGAAUUAGACUUAAUCUAUGGAAUUUUUACCACUAAUGUGAACAGCAUAGCAGCAUCAGCAGUUUGUGUUUUCAAUCUGAGUGCCAUAACUCAGGCUUUUAAUGGACCCUUCAAAUACCAGGAAAACUCCCGAUCUGCUUGGCUUCCAUAUCCCAAUCCUAACCCUAAUUUUCAGUGUGGCACCAUGGACCAGGGUUUGUAUGCAAAUCUGACUGAGAGAAAUCUUCAAGAUGCUCAAAAAUUCUUCUUAAUGCAUGAGGUUAUCCAGCCAGUUAUUCCAAUUCCUUACUUCAUGGAAGACAACAGCCGAUUUUCCCAUGUGGUCGUGGAUGUUGUGCAGGGCAAGGACAUGCUUUUCCAUAUCAUCUAUCUCGCUACAGACUAUGGUACUAUUAAGAAGGUACUUGCCCCAAUGAACCAGACAUCAAGCAGCUGUCUGCUCGAGGAAAUUGAACUCCUGCCGAAAAGUCAGCGAGAGCCCAUCAGGAGCCUUCAGAUCUUGCACAGCCAGAGUGUUCUUUUUGUGGGCCUUCAGGAACAUGUGAUUAAGGUCCCCCUGAAGAGAUGUCUCUUUUAUAAAACAUACAGUGCAUGCAUUGGAUCCCAAGACCCUUAUUGUGGCUGGGACAUGGUGAUGAAGAAAUGCACAACCCUGGAAGAAAGUCUGAGUAUGAGUCAAUGGGAGCAAAGCAUUACCGUGUGUCCAAUGAGGAAUCUGACAGUGGAUGGACAUUUUGGAACAUGGUCACAGUGGAAACCUUGCACCCACACUGACGGUGCCAGUGUUGGCUCCUGCGUCUGCAGGACACGUGUAUGUGACAGUCCUGCUCCUCAGUGUGGAGGUUGGCUGUGUGAAGGACCAACCAUGGAGAUUGCCAACUGUUCCAGAAAUGGAGGCUGGACACCAUGGACAUCUUGGUCACCUUGUAGUACCACUUGUGGAAUAGGCUUUCAAGUUCGUCAGCGUUCCUGCAGCAAUCCAACCCCCCGACAUGGAGGACGUGUCUGUGUGGGACAGAAUCGUGAGGAGAGGUACUGCAAUGAGCAUUUGUUGUGCCCCCCUCAUGUGUUUUGGACAAGCUGGGGUCCAUGGGAGCGCUGUACUGCUCAGUGUGGAGGAGGAAUCCAGGCUCGGCGUAGGACAUGUGAAAAUGGUCCUGACUGCCCGGGCUGCAGCGUGGAAUAUCAGCCCUGUAACACCAAUGCCUGCCCAGAGUUAAAAAAGACAACUCCCUGGACGCCUUGGACCCCAGUCAAUAUUUCAGACAAUGGUGGUCACUAUGAACAACGUUUCAGAUACACCUGCAAAGCUCGCUUGCCUGACCCAAAUUUACUGGAGGUGGGAAGGCAACGCAUUGAAAUGCGCUACUGUUCCAGUGAUGGCACCAGUGGAUGCUCGACAGAUGGAUUGCCAGGGGAUUUCUUGCGUUCUGGACGAUACUCUGCUCAUACCAUCAAUGGUGCAUGGUCACCCUGGUCUCCAUGGUCUCAGUGCAGUCGUGACUGCAGUAGAGGUAUACGGAAUCGCAAACGGGUCUGCAGCAAUCCUGAACCCAAGUACGGGGGACUUCCUUGCCUUGGCCCAUCUUUAGAGUACCAGGAAUGCAACAUUUUGCCUUGUCCAGUGGAUGGAGGCUGGUCUUGUUGGUCAUCUUGGUCAAAGUGCUCAGCAACUUGUGGAGGAGGGCAUUACAUGAGAACCCGUUCUUGCACAAACCCAGCACCAGCAUAUGGAGGAGAUAUCUGCCUGGGACUACACACUGAAGAAGCACUCUGCAACACACAGCCCUGUCCAGACAGCUGGUCCGAGUGGUCCAAGUGGUCUGACUGUGACUCGUCUGGCUUCCAGACCCGCACUCGUCAGUGCAUCAUUUUAUUUCCUGUGGGUAGCCAGUGCACGGGCAACACCACAGAGAGCCGAACCUGUGCUUCGGACUCCAACUUUAUACCAGAAAUAUCUGUGGCACGAUCCAGCAGCAUAGAAGAGAAACGAUGUGGCGAGUUCAACAUGUUUCACAUGAUCGCAGUGGGAUUAAGUAGCUCAAUACUUGGUUGCCUUCUUACCCUGCUUGUUUACACUUAUUGCCAACGGUAUCAACAACAGUCCCAUGAUGCAACUGUCAUCCAUCCGGUGUCACCAGCUCCUCUAAAUACCAGCAUUACAAACCACAUCAACAAACUGGACAAGUAUGAUUCCGUAGAAGCCAUCAAGGCAUUUAACAAAAACAACUUGAUUCUGGAGGAGAGAAACAAAUACUUCAAUCCACAUCUUACUGCAAAGACUUAUUCUAAUACCUAUUUUACAGAUUUCAAUAAUUAUGAUGAGUACUAAUGGGCUUGUGUGUUUUCUGGCCUCCUGUAACUCCCCAGUCCCCAAGGCCUGUGCUACUUGACUGCUCAUGUGAUUGAGGCUUCAGAGAUGAAGUUCAGAGACAUUUCAAGCACAAUCCAAGCCAUCAAUGUCCCAUUGCUGCCAAAAGCCCAAAACAUCUGUUUGUGACAUGAUGUUUUCUUUGCAGAGUGCAAGAUUGACCUUCAGUGUCAGGGGCAGCUGUAGCCCCUCAGUGUUGCUGGACCACUCGUGAGGAUUGUAUUGCUUCGCUCAGUUUCAUAAAUUUCCAGUCAGAUCUCUCUAACAAGUGACUAAGUAAUUCCUGAGACUGAAAAAGAAAGAAUAGUGUUACCCCUUAAACCUCUGCCAGGAAUACAAAUCUAAUUUUCUUUUUAGGCAUUGUCUUUUAUUUCCUUGAGAUUUAAGAAGGGAGCUUUGUUGUUAGCCCUCUGUGCAGUCUUCUGAAGCUCACACCGGCAGAAAGAUCUCACAAGGUGCUGGGAAUGAGGACAAGAAGAAGCGUGGUGGUUUAGUGAUACUCUGCAGCAGCUCUGGGCUCUCUAAGCUGAUCUUCUGGGGCUGUAAAUCACUCUGGCUGCAGUUCAGCUGUUCAGACUGCAGAGACUAAGGCUGUACCAAGGGAUACAAUCUUGCAAUUAACCCAGACACCUACAGGGUCAGUGGUUUCCAGUUGCGAGCCGAGCCCUGUCACAUAAAGCCUUCACCUUGUUCGGUUUAAUUUUUGGGAGGAUGUGGAAGGGCAUGUCCCACAGGGAGACUGAUGGAGGAGGGCAGAUGGGAGAGGCACACUGGAAGGUUUUUCUGUGUGUUGUUAAUAAACCAGCCUUGCUGCAGCCUGCAAGUUUGCGCAAGUUGUGGCAUUCCACAGGCUUCCUCUCCUUGGUGUGUGCACAUGGGAACACAUUUGUCUCUGCCGUAGCACUCACCAUUAGGCUGGUCACAGAACAAUACGGCCGCAACCACAUUUUGUGUGCCAUCUCUGGCUCCCGGGAGUACGUAGGUAUGAUCAUAGAUCUGCUUUUCUUUUUCCAGCUUUUACUUUUUAUGCACAUGUCUGACAAACAAAGCUGGCUCAGAAGGCGUAGAUAUAUUUGCAAAGCAUUGUCUCAUCUCAUUGCCAUGUCUGACCCAUGUCAGUUAGCCCCUAGAGGAACAUUCUUAUGGUGUUUUAAUUGAUGAUCUUGUUGUAAAUAUUUAAAAUACUGUUUGAAUUUUAAGUUAUCAGUUUUAAUUCCUUUUGUAGUGGCAGGUAGGGAAACACAAAGAAGUUUUAUACCAUUUUUCUUUGUUCUGUCUGUCUUCACCCACAUUCAUGACGUUAUUUUUGUAUCUGAAAUUCCAGAUGUAUAACUAAAAAGAAAAGGGCAGGGAUUUGGGUCAGAUUUUUCAGACUAUGUACUAAUGAGGCAGCAUUUGCUGUUCUCAGAAGCUUGUGAGAAGAAAUUACAAGUGAAUAUUAAGGAUUAAAGAAUUGGGCUUUUAUUUUCUUGCUAAAAGCAAAGAUCAUCACACUAGAAUAUGAAGGGAAGUAUGCAAGGAGAAGCAGAGUGGAAAUGUUUCCAUUCUGUGUUUAGAGUCCUUGCUAAUUAGGCUAUGUCAUGAUACGCAAAUAGAGAAAAACAUGUACCGAUUAUAAUGAUUCACAACUAUGUACAAAAAAUAGCAAAAAGUACCAAGAAACAUUGAUCAUGUGAGACUGUAUUUGAGCACCACUUUGGUGGUCCAGCCACUUACAUAGCACAGGUAAAUACCAUAUGUACUGAUGGCAGUGAGCUACAUUUUUGAAUGGGGAUAGAUCUGAAUGUAACAGUCUCUGUAGAAAAAAAAAAAGUCAAAGCAAGUGGUCUUUAAAAAGCUAUGCAGUAAAAUGAAUGCACAUUUACCAUCUAUGAAAAUAAUUAAGAUCAGCCACCUAUUUUUUUCCAGCUGAACAGUUCUCCCCAUUACUAACUCAGUCAAAUUAAAGGACCUCACCUUCUCACCAGUUCAUCUCCAGAAAGUAUAAUAGUGCUGGUUCUAUAUAAUUUGUGAUUUUUUUACUGUGCAUUAGGUUUGGUUUUCCAGGAAGAAAUUAGCUGAUUGCCCUGGGUAAGAGAAAAUUUUCUCUGCAAGAGAUAGAGGAGAAAAGAACUCUCCAAAUCAUAACCAGUCUGGUAUAUGAAUUGCUGUGUUCAUGCCAAAAGAUAAAAUUUUAUAUUUAAAUAAGAUAAAAUAAAAUCUAUAUUUCUGCUACUGCCAAGAAAAAACAGCACAUGUACAUAAACUCAUAUGUGCAACACUGUUCCUUUCUACCCCUAUAUUCAGAGCACACUAGUCCAGCUUAUGGAUUUUAUAUUUAGAAUACUAGUUAUGAGACCAAUAUCUUUAAAAUAUUUGAACUAUGUACUUUUAUUUUAACCUUUUUUAAUUAAAAUUACUGAAAUUAGCCUUUUUUUCCUAACUCUUCAGUAGUUUGAGGCGCGCCUAUUUUUACAGUGAUCUAUUUUCCAUUCCUUUUGUGGAUAAAUGCAUAUGUUAGAUACAUGUUAUAUAUGUGGUAAUAAUAUCCUAGGUUAAAUCUACAUGACCAUAGGUAGAAGUGCAUUUAGCAGAUGCUCAGUCUGCUCACACUUCCAUCUCCCAAAGAAGUAUUUAAGGUGUUCCAUAUUUUUGAACAACUCCCAUGUUAUUGAAUCACCAUGCCAACUUGUCCAGAAAGUGAUUCUUUUAAACUGUUUUUCUGUCAUUUAGAUUCCUAAAUUUCAUUGUUCUACAUCCCAGGCAGAAAUAUAUUCAAAACUCUAUCUGAAGCAGCAGAGGAGACGUGGAAAUAGAAGAGCACUUACAAUGAGAAAAACUUGUCGACAAGAUCUCCUUGGCCAAGCUAGAUUGUGAAACAACAGAUUUUAAAGAUUUGAGAUAUUUUUGUCUUAGGUAAUUUUAGAGGACCCCAGAUUCACUGCCUGUAUCAAUAUUUUCAUCUUCUGAGUUCUAUGAAGCUGCUCCAGUGAUUUGGUACAGGUUUUCCUUACUUCAUUUAACUUUUUUUUUUUUUCCAGAAUAGGUCGCGCACAUUUU